GGCCAUGCUCCGCCGAUCGAUUCCGCCUCUACGUACUUAUAGCCGCACCUUCUCGGCCGCCGCCGACAAGUUCCGCGUCGUCAUCGUCGGCACGGGCUGGGCCGGCUACAAGCUCCUUACGAACGGCAAGGCCCACCGCGCCGCGAUCGCCGCUGCCAUCGGCAAGGACGUCGAGUUUGUCGUCAUCUCGGAGCGCAACCAUUUUCUUUACACGCCGCUGCUCGCGAGUACGACCGUUGGGACGCUCGAGUUCCGUUCGAUCACCGAGCCUGUGCGCGAGAACGCGUUCCGUGACGAGAAGGACUUUAUCCUCGCGAGCGUGCGCGAGAUCGACACCAUCGAGAAGAAGGUCCAGUGCACCAGCGUGCUCUGCGACCGCACGUACAACGUCGACUACGACAUGCUCGUCGUGGCGUGCGGGUCGCGCCCGCUGACGUUUGGUCUGCCCGGUGUCGACGAGCACGCGUUCUUCCUCAAGGAGGUCCACCACGCGCGCGCGAUUCGCAAGCGCAUUUUGGAAAACUUUGAGCUCGCGACGCAGCCCGGCGUCCCGGAAGACUUUUGCGCCGAGCUCUACGACUUUGUCGUGCAAGACCUCACACGCCUCUACCCACACGUCACCAACCUCCUCCAAGUGUCGCUCAUUGACGCCGGCAGCAUCCUCUCCAUGUUCAGCGAAAGCCUCCGCGACCAAGCGAUGGUCAAGAUCGCCAAGCGCAAGAACAUGCGCAUCAUCAAGGCCAACUGCAAGGAGGUAUUGGCCGACGCCGUUGUCCUCGACUCGGGCGAGCGCAUCCCGUGCGGUCUCGUCGUCUGGUCGGCCGGCGUCGGGCCCAACGUGCUCACAAAGUCGCUGCCGUGGGCGAAGUCGAAGCGGGGCAACAUCCUCACCAACGACCACUGCCAAGUGCUGGGGCUGCCGUCGUCGCCCUCGCACGGUAGUCCGUUUCAAGGUCUUCCCGAGGCGUCGUCUGUCUUUGCCAUUGGCGACUGCGCCGAGAUUGUCGAUUAUCCGCUGCCAGCGACGGCCCAAAAAGCCCAGGGGCAAGCCGAGUACUUGACGGCGCUUCUUAAAGGCGAGGCCCCGACGCCCUAUCGCUUCGAAAGCCUUGGGCUCAUGGCGUAUCUCGGGUCGUACGAAGGGCUUUUCCAGGCCAAAGACGUGACGAUCGGCGACCGCACCGGCCCCAUCGCCAAGUUUGGCGGCUGGAAAGCGUGGUUUGUGUGGCGCAGCGCGUACCUCACCAAGCUCGGUAGCUGGCGCCUGCGCAUGCAAGUGCCUCUCGACUGGCUCAAGGCCAUGGUCGUCGGCCGCGAUGUCUCGCGCUUCUAA